AUGCUACAAGUCUCGUCUAUGUCUACAACAAAAUCACAUCGGGCUCGAGGCGGUCAAGACGCCUGCCUCCUCCCCGAGCUCAGACUCUUCACGCCGACGAUCUUUCCCUCCGCUUUCACCCCGAACGCCGACGCGAACUUCUCGCUCGCCUUCCUCCUGCACGCGCUCUCGCUCGCCAUCGGCGAUGUAGGCGGCGACGUGGGCGGCGACGACGCCUGGCGUGCGGGGCAGCGCUCGAGCGGCGCGCCGCCGGUGUACCCUCUAGCGGAGCUCGGCGACAUGGACAGCAUCGUUCCUAACCCCUUGAGCGUCAACCAUACGAUCAUCGUCAAAGAGCGCCCGGGAUACCGACCUUGCUCUACGGAGAGCCUCUUCUCUCGUGUUAUGGUACAGUGA